GCAAAAUAUUUAUACAGAGGCGGACCGAAAUCACUUACAACAAGUCCAUUCACGAAACCGAGUGGAAGCAACCCACAUUAAAGACUCUGUAGACUUCUUAUCAGUCUCAGUACUUUUAAGGAACGCCGCUGGUUCAAACAUCUCAGCAGCAUCAUGAACUUUUUGGCUGUAUUACAUUGUGUGAUACUUAUUUCAGUUUGUGAAAUACUUGGAGAUCAUCGAACUAACGCUGGCAUGUGCUGGCUGCAGCAGGGUCCGGAGCACCGCUGUGACAUGGUGCUCAUGAGGGGCGUGAGCAGGGAAGAGUGCUGUGCGGCCAGCCGUCUGGACACCGCCUGGUCCAACACCAGUCUGCCAAUCAAUGAAGUCAGUCUGCUGGGAUUCCUGGGAAUAGUUUCCUGUAAGCCGUGCAAAGAGAACUGCGAGGGGGUCAACUGCGGCCCUGGAAAGGUGUGCAGGAUGAAGUCUGGACGUCCCCAGUGCGUGUGCUCUCCAGACUGUUCCAACAUCUCCACUAAACACGCCGUGUGUGGAAGCGAUGGGAGCUCAUACAAAGACGAGUGCGCACUCCUGAUGGCUCGCUGCAGAGGUCACCCUGACCUGGAGAUUAUGUAUCAGGGGGAAUGCAAAAAGUCCUGCUCCAAUGUUGUAUGUCCUGGGACGCAUACCUGCGUGACGGACCAGACCAACAGUGCCCACUGUGUCAUGUGCCGCACUGCGCCCUGCCCGAUGCCCAUGGUCACUGAGCAAACCAUCUGUGGCAACGAUAACAUCACCUACCCUAGUGCCUGCCACCUGCGUAGGGCUACCUGCUUUUUGGGUCGAUCCAUAGGGGUCCGCCAUUAUGGACACUGCAGAAGUAAUGAAGGAAGUGAGGAAAAUUCACUCUUUUGAGGAUGUCAAGAGCAGAUCCACUUCCUGUACAUAUUAUGAUGGCACAUAAGACGUGAGAGAACCUGUUUGAAACCACAUAGUCUCACAACACGGUCCUCUGUACCAAAGAACCACUACUAGUAUUUUAUUUAGGGCUGGGUAUCGAGUUUGAUACUUUUUAGGCACCGACUGAAUUGCCUCGAUACCAUUGAGUAUCGAAAAAUGUCUUGUUGUUCGGCACCAAAUUUCGAUACCUAAGGGGUUAAUCUCAUCAAUGUCAGUGAGCCAAUAAGCAUGCAUCAUGCCUGAUGUGCCUAAAUCAGUGGUUGGCUCUGGCGAGGCAUCAAGGAAAACACAUGUUACAUGACCAUUCACGCACAUUGUAGCAUCAUGCUACAUAAGAGAAUUUAUAACAUUUAUACUAUGCUUUUACUCAAAACUUACUUUAAACCACCAGUGAGUGUUUGUUAUAAUUUCCGAUUGCGAUCUAAUAAGUGUUUUGUUCAUAUAAUGUUGCAGAAAUAUGUUAUUUAUAGCCAUUUAUAUUGAGCUAAUCGCUACAUAUGCUUAGCAUUUCUCAUGUAAACACCCGGUAUUGUGUGAAAAUAGGUAGAAUCUCAUUAAAAUAACAUACAGGUCAUAUACUUUCAUAAUCAUAUGUUUAUUAGCUUCAUGUUUCAUCCCUGUAAAUAUUUUUCUGAAAGUGUAAUACACUUUCAUCAUAGGAGACAGGGCGGGUUAUAAACGCGUAAUAUGAGUGACAUGUGAGCAGCGAAUGAGCUUCCUCUGAGUCAGAACAGCAAUUGCAGAAGAGAAAACACAGGCAGACAACACUAGAACCAGCUAACACUCAUCAGUAAAUCAGUGGAAAAUGAAUAGAAAUUAUAAUUCUGCUAUGCAAGCUAUGCAUUUUAAAAUGAAAAUGCACUAGUGUAAAUGCCUAGGGACAUCAUCAGUGAAGAGAGGGCUUGUCUGUCUCCUGAAAAAGCAGACAUGCAAUUUUUUUUUUUUUUUAAUAAGAACUGCUGAAUGAUUUAAAGAUCUUAAGUAUGCAGCAGUGAGCCUCACAUACUGACUUAAAACUGUUCAUUUUGCACUGAAAACUAUUUCAACAUUAUUAAAACUAUUUGCACUGAAUAAUUGUGUUGGUUACAUUCUGUUCCUUUGUGCAGUGGCUCUGGAGAUGAGUCUAUGAGUCUGUAAAAACCUCAACAAACUGGGAAAAAAAAGUUUUAUGAGGUAAUGUGUGAUGUAAUCUUGUUAAAAUGGAUUUCAUAAAAUUGGUAGCGAAAAAAGUACUGUUCAAGAACCGCUAUUGAAGUCAAUGUAUCGGUAUCGGUAUCGGUAUCGGUAUCGGUAUCAGUAUCGGUAUCGGAAAUUUUUGAACGAUACCCAGCCCUAAUUUUAUACGCAUGCGAUUCAUAUUUAAAGGAAAUGUGUGGUUUUAACAGGAGAACUGAACUGAUGAAUUGAGAGUGUGCAUAUUGUAAAUAUACUACAAGCUACUAUUUAUUGGGGAAAAGUAAGGAAGUCAGUGUUAUUUAUGUGUUAACACCAUAUAUCCGUACAUCAGCUGCCUUUAUCAAGGUAUUUAUUGUGGUUUUUGCUUCAGUUUUCAUGUACAUGUCUGAAAUGAAUAAUGUAAACGCAUGUCCCUGUACCUUUGAAUCCCCUGAUGAUUACUGGAUGAUUUUCUUUUUCACAAAGAGCUAUUUCUUGUCAAUUAAAUAUUUUAGAAGAUUACUUUUACGUAAUAUUUGAUGUUUUUAAUAUUUGAUGUUUUUAUUAUUAUAUUAACUGUUAAUUCCCAUUAAAUGUCUGUUGACUAA